AUGGAAAAACUGAACGGGAUCGUAAAGCAGGUCGUGUCAGCAGAUACCUACAUUUUGGCGGGUGCCAAAAAGGGUGGCGUUGCACAGGAAAGACAAGUGAGCUUGGCGUGCAUCCAAUGUCCCAGGUUGUUUAUGAAGAAUCAAAAUGUGGAGAAAAAUGAAGAGCCAUUUGCAUGGGAAAGCAGAGAAUUUAUUCGUAAAAUGAUAAUUGGGAAAAAUGUCAGCUUCGUAGUGGAAUAUGUUUAUAACAACAGAACCUACUGCAGUGUAUCUUACGAGGAUAAAAAUUUAGCAGUCUUGCUACUCCAGAGGGGAUAUGCCAAUUUGGUGUCCAACAAAAAUGUAAAAACAAAUGUGUAUGCCGAAUUGGAGAGUUUCUACAUCGAAGCCAAAGAAAAAAAGUUAGGAAUUUUUGGAAACAAUAUUAACAACCAUGUUAGAAAUAUUGUAUACUCCUAUAAUGACAAAAAUCAGAAUAAAAAAAUUUACGAUAUGUUUGCAAAUAAAAAUUUGAAAUGUGUUGUUGAACACGUGAGGGAUGGAUCUAACUUUCGUGUCUAUGCUGAGAUGGAAGGAACUGAGAAGAGAGAGGAUAACAUGAAAGUAGGUGGGGGAACUGCAUUACAAAAUGGCACUGUUGGAGAAAGCAACAGCGCAGAAAAGGGUAAAAAGAAAAAAAGCGGAGGUGGGAAAAAAAAAACCCAAAAAAAUAAUGAAGGAGGAGAAGGAGCAGGUAGUGGUGUUGAUGAAGAUGGAAAAGUAGCAAUGGGUUAUAAGACCAUGUACUACUUCUCCUUCACUUUGUGCGGUAUAAUAGUCGAUAUGUUUAAAAAGGAAGUAGUAAAUAAUGUAGAAAAUGUAAAAGAAGAACAGUAUGCCAUGGAGACAAAGAAGUUUGUUGAGGCGAGGUUACUAAAUAGAGAAAUCGAAGUAGUGAUCAAGCAUAUCGAUAAUAAUUGCAAUUUGUAUGGGAAUGUAUUUUACAAAUUGGGGAAUAUCUGCACUCUCCUGUUGAAGAAUGGCUAUGCUUAUAUUAAUGAAUAUACCAUUAAGUACGUAGAAAAUGCUAUAGAGUAUAAAAGGGCUUUGGAUGAAGCAAUACAACUGCGCAAGAAGAAAUGGAUUAACUACACGGAGAAAAAAGUGGAUUACGAGAAGGAGUACCUUGCAAGCGUUAUUGAGGUGGUCUACGGAGAUGUUAUCAUUAUAGAUUAUCACAAUGAGGAAAGGAGACUUUACAUGGCUUCCAUAAAAUGUGAAAAACACAGUACUGAUUUGGUUCAAAAUACACUAUGCUUAUCAGCCAAGGACUACUUGAAGAAUCAAAUUGCGGGGCAAGUUGUAAAAAUUGUAACGGAGUAUGUGAGAACCCCACAGAGCAACAGCGAGGGGUACAUUCCACAGUGCUCCGAUGAUCAGGGAAGGAUGCAUUUUGUGAGUGUCUACAAAAUGGACGACAAGAAGAAGAAGAAUAAGGAGAGCGCGAAAGAUGUCGCAGCCGUCGCUAGCAAUAAAUGGGGUGGGGAAGGGGAAGAGAAGAAGAAAAAGAAAAAAAAUACAAAGAAAGGGGGCGCUACUACCACUGGUGAGGGUAAGAGUUCGGGAAUGAAGAAGGGAGCUAAGAUAAAUGGAAAUGCAGAGGCCAACCUUGGAGAGGAAGAUGUAGAGGAUGACGAAGAUAAUAAUUGGAUCAACAUGAACGAACAAUUGGUUGCGAGGGGGCUAGCCAAAGUGAUGAAUCACAGACAGGAAGACGAAAAGGCAGCGAACUACUUCAAACUACAAGAAUUAGAAAAGGCAGCACAAGAAAAGAAGGUAGGAAAAUAUAACCCACACAUUGAUAUUAUAAAAAUAAAUAAUAUAAGUGGAAGCGAAAAUUCAUUACGAGCCAGGUCAUUUGAAAAUGUUCUUAACAAGUAUAACAAUUUAAACGCAUGUGUGGAUUACAUCUACGGAGCAAAUAAAUUCAAGCUUCAUAUUCCUUCGCAGAACUUGUUAGUAAAUUUUAUCUUACUAGGUAUCUCUGUGCAGAAAAUUAACUUGAAAGAAAUUGGCUCUAUCAACAUGUCAGCUAGCCAAAUGAAAAUGAAGAAAGUAAACGGAGUAGGAGAGUAUGACGAGGGAGAUGCGCACAACAUGCUCAAUGGAGAUGGCAAGUCUACCAGGAAAGAAAAAUUGGAACUAAAGGAAAUAGCUGUGCAGGCAUAUAAAUAUACAAGAAAAAUGCUAAUGCAGAGAAAUGUACAAAUAACCAUCUUAACGUGCGACAAGGGAGGCAAUUUCAUAGGUAUUUUACGACACCAGAAUAAAGAUUUUGGAUUACACUUACUAAAUUUAGGGUAUGGAAUGCUUAACGAAAUAGGAUUAAGCAACACGAAUGAAAGGAAUAAUUACGUGAAAGCAGUUGAAGAAGCCAAGAAGGAGAAGAGAAACAUAUGGGCCCUUGAAAAAAUAGAUGAAAAUGAAGAAGACACGGAUAAUGCUAUGCUCAAUGGAAAAAAUAACUUAUCGCAAUUUGACAACAUCUACUACUGUUCCUACGUUGAAGAUAUCAACAACAUUUACAUUCAGCUGAAAAGCAAACAGGAUCAAUUAAAAAAAUUACAGGAAGAGUUAAAUAAUCAAUCCAAUUUAGAAUCCUCAUCCCAGUAUGCUCUCUCCGAUGUGAAAAAAAACACGCUAGUCAUUGCCAAGUAUAUAGAUAAGUGUUACUACCGGGCUGUCAUCCUGCAGGUAAAUAAAGCCAAGCAAAAAGCCCUCGUUAAAUACAUCGACUUUGGAAAUGAAGAUGAAUUAAAUUUUGAAGAUAUUAAAAAGUUGAGUGAUGGAUUGAGUUUAAAAAAUUAUCCUCCUUUCAGCAUAAGGGUUUCGCUAGCUGGCGUUAAAAUUCCCAUCGAAAAUAAAGCAGAUUUGAUUAUCUACGUGAAGAAAUUUUUACUUGAUAAAUUUUUGUACGUGAAGUUUGAAAAGAAGGAAAAAAAUGGCUCCUACUACCAUGUUGUUUUUUACGACUACGAGCAGUUCACCACGAAUAAGAAUGUAAAAAGUGUGAAUGAGGAUAUUGUUUCCAGUGGUAUAUGCUAUGUGGACAACCGCAGUGACACCAAAAUAUUUGAGAAGCUUAAAAAGGAGGAGGUGGUGGCGAAGAAGGCCAAACUCCUCAUUUGGGCCUACGGUGACAUCGACUACGAUGAUGAGAGUUAA